CAUAGGUCAAAAUAUGAUCAUUGAGAAUAAAACUGUAGUAAGCCAUUUCAUCAUUUUGGGCUUCCCUGGUCUGAAGAAUCUUCAGCUUCUCCUCUUCUUUGUAGGGUUGCUCAUUUAUAUCUUGACUCUGAGUGGGCACCUGCUCAUUAUCAGCAUAGUACACAUUGACAGACGUCUCCACACCCCCAUGUACUUUUUCCUCAGCAACUUCUCCUUCUUAGAGAUAUGGUACACAUCCAAUAUUAUUCCCAAAAUUCUAGAAGUCUUCCUAACAAAAAACAACUCUAUCACAUACACUGGCUGUAUUGCCCAACUCUACUUUUUAAUUUCAUUUGGUACAGCUGAAUGUUUUAUCUUGGCAAUCAUGGCAUUUGAUCGUUAUUUAGCCAUAUGUAAUCCCCUACGGUAUCAAAACCUCAUGAAUAACAAAAUUUGCCAUCAACUGGCUGUAUGUUCAUGGAUCAGUGCCUUCAUAAUUAACAUUCCUCCACUGGUGGCAGUCUGUAGGCUGCCAUUUUGUGGACCAAAUGAGAUCAACCACUUUUUCUGUGAUGCAUCACCUUUACUGAAACUGUCUUGUGUAAAUCCCCAUGAAGCUGAACUGUUCAACUUCAUUGUGGCUACUAGUGUCAUUGUUAGUUCAUUUUUCCUCAUUCUGAUCUCUUAUAUCUUCAUAAUUGUCACUGUUCUGAAAAUCCCCUCAACUACAGGACGGCAAAAGGCUUUCUCUACGUGUGGCUCCCAUCUGGCUAUAGUAACUAUUUUCUAUGGCACACUGAUGUUUAUGUAUGUCCGUCCAACCUCAAAAGUUUCCAUCAGUUCGGUGAACUUCAACAAGAUGGUGUCUGUGUUUUACACAGUGGUCACUCCCAUGCUGAACCCUAUCAUUUAUUGCCUGAGAAACAAAGAAGUCAAAGAUGCCUUGAAGAGAGCUAUCAGUGGGAAACAUGGGCUCAUACAGAAACCAAACUGCAUUAGAAGUAGAGUAAUAAAGAAGCACCCCCUCCCCAAAAACAUACUGUCCACUUGCAUUGGAUUAUAAAAUUCCCAGUCAUAUUGGGAUGUUGCCUAGGUGGGGUAACCUGAAUUAAUGUGAUAAUUAAAUAAAUAUUAUUGGCAUAAUUACAAAAUAAAAUAAACUGUUUAGCUUAUGUAAAGGCUUUCUUACAAAGUUGUAGAAUUAUACAGAGUCAGUUCUGUGUAACAUAUUGAGCCAUCCUGGUGUGUUCUCCCCCCCCCCCCCCAGGUCCUGAGUAUGGUUCUGGAAAAAUGGAGUUCCAUUCUUCCUUGGGGUGUUCCCCAUGUAGCAUUAAUAAGGGAAAUUACGCUUGAUGUGAAAUGGUCUAAAUUAGGAAUGCAAUUUCAUUAAAUUGCUUUUCAUUCCUUCCCUUCUGAGCACUUACCUUCUCCGAGUUUCUCAAGAGGAACUCUAAAGAGAGAAUUUUUGUCUCGACUGCAUUCAUCACAUAUCAGAGCAACUCUAAUUUCCAAAGGACUGGUUAAAUAAAUAAGUCCUUUAUGCUUAUGGUCUCCUGGCAUCAUAUUCAUGAAACCCAAGUUUCUCCAAUGUAUGACUACAAUCCUUACUUUUCUCUGGUAUGAUCAGUCAUUUGUUUGCUUUGUAUUUUGAUAAUAAAAGUCCAGAAGCAGAUGGUUACAUUUAGUCACUGUUCUCUUGCACCAGUUAACCAGAGCCACAAGGUUACUUAGGUCUUA